AUGCAAGAAACCCCCAAUAAUGGAAAAUUGGUGUUGAUCGGAACCGCAAAAGUCGGUGUCUUCUGCUCUAAAGCUGAGGGGAGCAAAGAAGUGAGCCGAGGAAUCGUGGAAGGAUUGAAACGAACAUAUCGCGAACAAAAUUAUAAAGAUCACGACAACUCUAGUUACAUUCCAGUUCUCUUAAACGAAACAGAAUUAAAGAAGAUUUCAGAAUCUGGCAGCAAAGAUUUCCAACAGCUCAACAAUUUAACGAUUCAUGCAAGAUACUCCGAUGGUGAAGUGUAUUGUAACGUCAGAAACACCCAAAAAUUGAAUGACGAGAAAGGGAUCUCCGAUUGGAAAGAAAAGCUAAGCCAUUGCAAGAGAAUCAGUUUGGAUCAAUUACUUAAACGUGAAGAUAUUACAGAACUACUCGACCACCUUCUGUCAAUACCGGGUCUAUGGACAGGGUUAGAGUUGGGAAAUAUUCAGAAGAAUUUAGCCUUACGCUGUGAUGAGGAGAUUACGCGAUAUCUAGGACAUAUUCGGUCAGUUUGGGAGAAAGUGACUCUGAGCGAUGGAAAAAUUCAAAGGGCGGCAGAUGUAACGACAGUCCGACUCCUGCAACUUCGGGUCCCUUUUUUGAGUCGCAGUGAUGGGGAAUUUGUUAAAUCCGAAAUGGCAUCCGGCAAAUUAUUUCCCAAGAUAGUUGACCCCAAAACAAGAAAAGAUAUAUUAGAGGCUAUAUUGAAAGUGGAUUGUUUGAUACCAAGUCUCAAAACGAUGCAUGAGAACCUCAAAUACUUGGAAGUUGGUGCAAAAGUAUUGAAAACUCUCCUCGUCGCGAAGAGCCCACGCCUAACCAUACACAAUGCCCUACGUUCGGCUUGGACCUAUAAUGGUGAGAUUCUUGUUGAUAAUAAGGAUAAAAAGGCAUUUAUCAAAGCAAACCAUUCGGAUGGAUCCGCAUGGGACAUCAUUUACAAGCAAGUUUGGAUUUUUGCACUUAGAAAUUUCUCUGAGCUAGGAGGACGCGCACCUAGAAAGGAAAAUAGACUGCCGUCAUACCAGCCCAUAAUGGACCCGGUACUGCAAUAUGAGCUUUUAAAGUUCGCGAAGGACUCGGGGAUCAAUACAAGGAAGAUUGACAGUACGCUAGAGAGCGAUCCUAGACACACUCAUACGCAGGACAAAAUUGAAAGCGUAACCGCUAGCUUUGUGAAAGAUCCACCAAUCAUCAACUCGAAUGAUUUCUUCUCACCAAUGGACUUGAGUCGCCGAUGGGGUGUUCCUUUUGCAAAAAACUAUGCUACGGGGAAGGAAGACUUCUACCUUUACAACCUUUCCAAGACAUCAUGCGCAAAAGACGAUAUGCCUAACCAUUUAUUCAUUUUAAGUGAUUUCAUCUCCUCAUUCUUUGGAAAAACACCUCAUUUUGAAGCUAGUCAGAUCGAUAACUCUAAGAAACAAAGAACUUACGGUUUAAAGGCUCAAAUUAACACCGUCAAAAGCUCGUCUUUCUCUUCGAUUCAUGAACAUGACGGCCGUUCAUCUUUUUCCGUUGCUCCCAGGGACCAAAAUAUCGUUCAAUCUACCAUAUUUCCCAAGACAUCUCAAUCGAAAAAUGCAAGUCCAAAGGAAGGAUCAGAUUUUGUGUUUGACUCAUCGACUGUAUCUUCUGGUGGACCAAAAAAUACCACAACGGAGCAAAAUCGAUUCCAAAUCGAGUGGAUGAACAAAGGUUCGAAUCCAGAGAUAGAUCCAGAAAUUACAUCAACAAUAAACAAAGAACUAGUAGGUCAUCUUGAGCAGAUAAAAAAAAGUAGUGAUAGCCAUCUUGGUAUUCAAGGGACCGGUAUUCAUGAGGGUGGAGGCGAUUUCAUGAGAAAACCUUCCAUUAUUCAAACACCAAAGCGGAAUCUGCCUGAAGGUAUGGAACAGGAAAAUAUUAAAGGGAAAGGAAAGGAAAUAUUUGAUUCAAAGGGUUUGGCGCUGGCUACAGAGAGAUUUCAAAGAUAUCGAUCGCCAGUUAUAUCGAUAGCAUCGGAAACAUCUUCAUCGGAUACUGAUAGUAUGAUCUUUAAGCAUAGAUUAACUUAUGGUGCAAGAAAUCCUAAUUUAGACAUUGGAACCAUCACAUGGAAGCCAGAAGAAAGCCCUAAUUCACACUUAAGAUCACCAGGACUACCGGAUGUCUUACCAGUCGCAUCAUCACUCGGACAGGUGGUUAGCCCCAGCUACAAUCAAUCAGUUCCCCAGUCAGACGCUCGCAGUCAAGGUAUGAAGGACGUAGCACUGUUGACGUUGGAAAGAGCUCGGUCACCCGCAUUAACAAUAGCUCUACCCAGUCUAUCUCCGAACCAUAAGAUAGAUCACCAAUACCAGUCACUGGAGAAGAGACCCAGCCAGCAAACUGUGAUCAUGCAACCAAAACUACAAAGUUCUCCUCCAGUGGAGGAACACAAUCAUGCUGCUUAUUUGUCCAGGCAGCAAACAAGCUCGAUAGUUUCUCAUACUGCCACAAUCGAACAGAAAGCUAUCACUGAUGAUGAAUGGAGGCCUGAAACCCCACAGCGAUCACCAAUAAUGUCAAUGGUAGGCACUAAUACAAUCCUGUGGCAAGAUGAUGUAGAUUCCGAGAGGCUUGCUACAGUGCAGCCAACAGUGUCUACGACAAGGAAAGAGAUCACCAUCAACCCUCAAUACAUGAAACAUCUUACACAGGAUCCAAGCAAUAGAUCUGAGCCUUUAGAUUUGCGGUCUCCUGUGCAGCUAAUUAAUUACACAACACAACAAUACAAAAGUCUUACCAAGUUUGCCAAUUUGAACACAUCAGAGACAAGCCUUUUAGCCAAGCCCCAAGGAGACGACCAGGCGAUGGACUACGAGCCAACAAAUACCCUAGUCUUAUCAUCACUGUCAAAUCGAGUACCUAACAUGAUUGAUGAAGAUGAAAACAUGGAGGAUAUAUCAUCAAUUAGUUUGCCAAUGGAACUUCCCAAAGAAGCAAGGAGAUCAAUUCCAAUAGCUGCAACAUUCAGUGAGGAAGAGGAUGAACCUAUGGAGGACCCAAAACCAGUUAAACUAUCUGUCAGUGUUGAAGAAGAGGCGAUAGUACAAGAAACAUCAACAGUUCGUUUGGCAAUAGAACUUCCAAAAGAACCUAGAAGAUCAAUGCCUAUUCCCCUCCCUUCAGAAAUGACACCGACUGCAAUUGCUGACGCGAAAAGUAACAAUUCAGAUGAGGAUACUUCAGAACGAACAGAAGAAAAAAAUGCGAAUAAGUCUAUAUUUACUCCAUCAAUAUUACUCCCAGAUAAUAAAAGGGCGCUGAUUGUUUUUAAUGCCCCAGGCCGAGAAGUCACCGAAAGCCCAAUCUCCGAAUCUUCAAACAACAGCUCAAUCCCUUUUAAAUUGUGGAUCAAAAUAAAUGAGUUUAAUGGAAUGAGAAGUCAACAACGGGCUUUCGAGACAAUGAAGGACAUUGAGUUUUAUCUCAAUAGGCGUCAUGAUUGGGCAUUAUUGAUUGAUACCCCUAGUUCUAGAGGCUGGAAAACCAUUUCCACUAAGCAUUUUCUCAAGCAUAUUAAAACAAGAAGCACCGCUAGUGAUACGUACUAUUGUUUCCAACGUCAACAUUACGAAAAGAUGAAAAGCCAAUCAAGAGGUAAAGUUUUCAAGCAUUCAGGAAGGAAGGAGUCUAGCAAUGCAAAAUCUGAAGACAUGAAGACAAAGAGACAUGCCUUUCUGGAUAGAAGAAAGGAUUUAGACAAGAUUAUUACAAAGAAAGAGCAACCAAAAGACGUAAAAUGGGUGAAAACAAGUCAGCCAUCAAGAACACAAAUACAGUCAGAGGAAAACAGGGAUUCUGAGCAACCAGAAGGCGCAAAUUCCUUGAAAAAAAAAGAGAAGGAGAAAGAAGAGGAAAACAUCCUAUUACAAGAAAGAAAACAGGAUGAAAUUAUCUCCGAACAAACGGAACAUACAGAAUCGGCCUUCAUAAACUCAAAGCAAAAAACGUCUUCAGAGCCCCUAGAAACAAUUCCAAUCAAUUCUAAAGAGAUAUUGAAGACAGAAAAGUUCAAGCCUAAUUACAUACUGGAAGAAAAAAAGGAGUCAAAUGAAAAAGAGCCGACAGACGAAGUAAAACCAACUGUCAUCCGAUCUGAGGAAUUUGAUCGUUCAAAGUUAUCAGAGAUUUCAGAUAUUGUAAGGAAUAUCAAGAGGAAACAUUCUCCAGAUCUUGAUCAUAUUAAAAAUGGUAUAAGAAAGAGGGAGCUUCCAGAAUCUGGAAUUUCAAAGAUGAGGAGACUUUCAGAAGGUCACAAGCUUGCAACAGCCCCUGGUAUAAUAAAGCCUCGUCCUAGUCCUAUUUUUCUAAAGAGGACAACUACAAAGGAAAGAUCACAAGCACUGCUGAGCGUAAAUGAAGUAGAGAGUGGGGGACCUCGAGGAUCACCGGAGCUAUUCCCCGUCGAAGAUUGA